AUGCCUCGAGAAGCAUUGAUUAAAAACUUAGAACGUAAACUUUCAUCUGGAAAAUGUGAUCUCGGCAAAGUUACAAUCCAAUAUCUUACUGAAACAGAGAAACUUCUUUCUCGUCAACUUAGGCGUAAAGAUAUUACUGAAAAAGAUUAUAAAUUUCGAACAAUUGAAAUUAAUUGUAUCAAAAAUACCAUCGAAGAUUUGCAAAUUAAAGUCACGAAUUUACAAGAUGAACUUAAUGAAUUAAAAAAAGAAAAUAAUUACUUACGCAGUGAAAUGAAUCAGCUCAAUCACAAUUUCAGUUUAAUUCAAUUAAAUGAAAAUAAAAAAGGAGACGAAUUAAUAAAUAGAAAAGAAAAUGAAAGGAAAAAUGCAUUAAAAAAAAUUCGAGAAAUAAUUGAAGCAUAUAAAAGAAAAUAUGAACAAGUUACGAUUGAAGCUGGCCCUUCAAAGAUUGUCGAAAUUAUUGAGACAAAAUCAACGUUUGUUAAAUUGGAAAUUCCAGAAAUUUUAGCUGGAAUUGCUAAUAAUUUAUCCCCAAGAGACAUUUUAAAAUUUUUGCGUGUAAAUAG